CAUAGCAUAUGAGUACUUUAGUUUCUCAUUAUCAUCAGCCAUGUCCAACAAUCUAAGGUCUCCGAGUUACUCUUCCCUAACCCGUUCCUACAUGGCAACAACAGGCUCAGAACCUUGGUCCUUUUUUCUCAUCUUCGUUUUCCUGUGACCUUUUUCUUCCUUUCAAACACACAUACGAAAGUCCUCCUUUUUUCUUGUUUCCUUUUGUCUUUCUUUCUUUCUUGGUGGCAGAAAAAAAUGGGUAUUGGAGAGAAGAGUCCAAGCAAGAGUUUCAAUCUGCACCAUCACCAUCAUCGUGAAGGGAAGAAUAAGCAACAAGAGUUCAGAGGGGUCCCAAAAGGGUGCAUGGCAAUUAAGGUUGGUCAAGGAGAAGAGCAACAAAGGUUCGUAGUGCCUGUGAUUUACAUCAACCACCCUCUCUUCAUGCAGCUUCUCAAAGAGGCAGAGGAAGAGUAUGGCUUUGAUCAAAAGGGCACCAUCACCAUCCCUUGCCAUGUUGAGGAAUUCAGAAACGUUCGUGGCUUGAUUGAUAGGGACAAGUCCCUUCAUCAUCAUCACCACCACCAUGUUGGGUGUUUUGGCUUCUGAAUUCUGGUCAAAAGUCCGAGGUUUUAGAAAACGAUCCGCGACAACAUUUAGGUUUUCGGAGUCUUGUUCACAAUUUCCCAUGAUAUUAAGAAUCCCGAUGAAACUGCGACCGUAAUUUAAAAUCUGGGUUGAAACCAUGAAAGAAAGAAUUGAUCUUUGGCUAGAAUUCACCACCCCUUUAGUUUUUUUUAAGGAUUUUCUCAUGUAAAUUCCUAGUUUUUAGACUCUUUUUUUUUAAAAUUUUUUUCUUUUAGUGUUUGGUUUAUGUGAAAGGAAAAAGCCUUAGGUAGGUGAUGGCGAGGACAACUGAACAGAAUGUUGCUUCUUCUUCUUCCAAUUGUACUUACUUUUUUUUUCUCUCUAUAUUGUCAGGAAUCGUAAUGGAAAAAAGAUAUGCUUUUCUUUUCUUUUUCA